AUGGAGCUGAACGAGCACAGCCUGCCGGAGAUGACCGAAUCGGACCUGAACAUGGUACAGGCGGCGGCCUACACCGCCAAGCUGAUCGGGCGUGAGAGCGAAGUACCGAUGGUGUCGAUGGAUGGCGAGGCCCACCCAAACAUGACUCUGGCCGCUGUUGGACUCGGUGUACUUGUAGCACUGAUCAUUCUCCUCACGCUGAUCGCCUUCAUAACACGCCGUGAGCGAAGUUCGCAAGCAAAAGACCCGCAGCAAGACAGUGCCGUAAACACAACCGCUACCGGAAGGACGAAACCGGUUGAGGCGAUCGCACAGAAAACACCGGCCGGACCGCGCAGCGUAACGUUUGCGAACGAUUUGGAGCUGGUGGACGUCGUUACUCGCAUGUGA